AUGAGCGAAUUUCGACAAGCGACGGCGUACAUGGCGGCGCUGGAGGAGCAUGUGACAGUGCUACAGCAAUCAAUUACGGGCAACAUCGAUCAUGGUACUCUAGAAGAUAGUCUCAGCUCGAUUUUGGCUGCAAUUGAGGGUGAAGUGAACUCAAUGAUGGAAAAGCAACGAGACCGCUGCUCCAUGGUGGACCCUGUGACAAGGCAACCCCGGCUUGGUCCUAAAACGCUGGCUAACGUUCAAGACCUGCUACGUCGGUACGACGCUGUGAAACUGGUGAUGGAGGUAGAUGCUCCGUUGCGUCUACAAGUCGAAACGACGAUCUGUCACUUCAAAGAAGAAGAAAUUGCUCGGAAGGAGGAAGAGGCUGCUCGAGAGAGAAAUCUAAAGGCUGCUCAGCAAGCUGCGGAAUUAAAACGGGACCAGGAACAGGUUAGAAUACGACAGGAAGCUAGAGAUCGAGAAGAAAGACAACGGCGGAACGAACAACUUCGGAUUAAAGAGCUAGCGACUGCCGCACAGAAAAAGAGGGAGGAACGCGAGAAAGAGCGUACAGAAGCGAAACGACAACGAAAAGUGGAGGAGCAGGAGCGCGAACGCUUGAAUGCAUCGAUUUCGCGCGGUAAGGUGGGGCUCGAAAAAUCGAUUGCGAUGCUGCGGGAAAGUACAGGCAGUGAGGUGCUGUAUCGCCAGUCACUUGAGAAGCUAUUCAGUGUGGUGAGCAAUAUCUGCUCAUCGCCAGAGAAUGUAGCUUUUCGCCGUAUCGUUAAAGAUAAUGCUAAUUUUCACGCUGAUCUGGGGCAAUAUGCUGGCGGGCAUCAGUGUCUGCUCGCGAUGGGAUUUAAAGAACUUCAACAGGGCGACGAAACGCAGCCCCGGACUGUUUUUUCGAUGGAGGAACCAGAUUUGUCUGAAGAUUUGGAUGCCUGGAGUGACUGGUUUGACGAGCUCAAGGAGAUUCAACGUCUGGUAGAGUCCAAACUACAAUAA